AUGGGGAGUUUCAAGGGCCAUGCUCUACCUGGGAGCUUCUUCCUUGUAGCUGGGAUCUGGUGGACAGGAAAGUACUCGCUCUGGCACGCCACCCGCAGGAACAAGAACAUAGGCUCCACUCGACUGGCCAGCAGAGCCUCACAGCGCCGCUUGGAGAUCAUCGAAAGCUCCGUCAUACUCUUCUUCUCUCUUAUUGGGAUGCUGGCAGAGCAGUUUGCUGCAGGUGGGCCGAGGCUCCAGUUGUAUGACUUUGCAGAGAAACACUGGGAACAUCUGAUGAACUGGCAGCAUGCCACCAUGUACCUAUUCUUUGGCCUGGCUGGGACUGUGUCUCUGAUUAUCCACACCACAGAGGCUGCCCCACUGGCACUGGAUAGGUUAAUGCUGGCCAUUUCUUUCUUUAAUGAAGGAUUUCUUUUCCUCUACCACCUUCACGGCAGAAGUAUGCUGGACGUCCACGUACACCAUCUGCUGCUCUACGCCAUCUUUGGAGAGGCUCUUGUCGCCUCCCUUGAGGUCUUUCACCGAGGCAACAUCAUUCUGGAGCUGCUGCGGUGUACCCUCACCAUCCUGCAGGGAAGCUGGUUCUGGCAGAUCGGUUUUGUGCUGUAUCCUCCCAGUGGCCCUGAGUGGGACAUGAAGGAUCCCAGCAACAUGAUGUUUAUCACCAUGUGUUACUCCUGGCACCUUGCCUUCGCCAUGCUCGUCGUGAGCGUGCUCUAUUGCACCAUCAGCUGUGUGGUUCGCUCCAGAUUGAAGAGGACUCCUCCGAUGGAAAUGGGACUUCUGAAGCCCAGAGAGAGGGACCCAGAGUCAGAGGAUGAGAUUUUAUGAAGAGGACGGUUGUUCACCUACAUAGUGACUCAUGUAUAUCACAGUUAAAUCAGGGUUCAAAUGUUUGCAGCAAUAGGCCUGAAAGCAAGGCAUGCAGACAAAAAAGGGAUAAGGACGUGGUCUCUGGAUGCUUAGUUUUAGAAAUAUAUCUCUACCUCUGCCUUAUUUUAAUCAGCUGUAUGCCCCUUUUAGCCUUACUCUUAUUGUUCAUGGCUAUUUAUUCAGCUGUGGCCAAACACUUAUAUACUAUUCUUUCAUAUUCUUUUAUUAUUAUUUACACAUACACCAUAAGUGAACAUAAACCCAUAAGGGUAAGCUUUAUGGAUCGCAUGGAUGGAUCAUUUGACUUGCCUUACUCUUCUUGUCAGACAUGUUGUUAAGUAGUGCCAUCGUGUGGUGAAAACUAUGAACAUCAUCAGUAUAGCAUACACUACUUGAAAGUAAUUUAUGUGGCUUCUUUGUGCUGUAAUGUGAGGAAGCUGAGUCACACGUGUGAGUCAAAUCUGAUGCCAAACAAUAAGAAUUUCAGUAAAAUUCUUUAAAUGUUUACAUUUUGUUAUUUGACAUUACUACAGACUCCAUUAUUGGUGCUGUUGUUGUUAACGUCUGUGUUUGUUAGUGCAGAAUAUAUUAAGUGUUAAUGUCUUAACAUUGUCUCUGUGUAGGGAUUUACUGCUGAGGCUGCAGCAGAGGCUAACAUGUUGUUUGUAGUAAUCUUAUCAUACACCCUCCCACCAUCUAAAUACUUAGGAAUAUUCAUAGAAGCCAUGGUGCUGUAAAUGUUAUUUCUACUUUCUCACAUCACAUCACAUCACAUUAAAACCAAAUGAUCAAACAUGCAUCACACAGUCAGCCCAGCAGGAGGUAGUCAUUUUCUCCUAUCCCUGAUAAACUGACCCUUCAGAUUUACUUCUGUCAGGAUGGUACAGUAUAUACAGUAUGUACAGGAGCAGCAGGCGUCAACAAAGAUCUUCUAUGCUGAAGAAACCUGAUCACUCAGUGCUUAAAAAGGUGGCCUGUGUCUGAUGGCACUGGGACUCUGGAGUCUCCUUUUCUACAAAUUUCUUUUGUUUAUCAGACAGUUUGGUAUGUUGCAGACAUGAAACAGCUGAAACCAGUGAUUGCUGUAAGUACUGACUAAGCCUCUGCUUAUUUUCUUGAUAAACAGUUUUAAUGCC